GUGUCUUACCGCGCAGAUGCGGACGUUACGGGGGCAGGUCACGAGGUCGUUUUUCCUUGCUGGUGGCUCACCCGGUCACCUGUGGGACAGACGUGCAGACGUCGUUCGAGCUCGUAAGAGUGGCUGUUUAGCGACUUCACCCUCCAGAAAUUAGCCUUUAUAGGCGAGGUACCACCUCGGGCUGCUGUGUGAGGCGGCCGAAGUCGUUUUUGUGCUCGGAACGGAGUCAGGAAUCAACGGAGAAGCGGGAGAAAGGCAAGGAGAGAUGUCAUACUACUCCUCUCGUAGUUCGUCUCGGGCCACUGACUGUAAAGUGUACGUGGGUGACCUGGGCAAUGGUGCUGCCAAGGGGGAGCUGGAGCGGGCGUUCAGUUAUUAUGGCCCACUGAGAAGCGUCUGGGUGGCGAGGAACCCACCCGGGUUCGCCUUUGUGGAGUUUGAGGAUCCAAGAGAUGCAGAAGAUGCUGUGAAAGGCAUGGAUGGAAAGGUCCUUUGUGGUUCCCGUGUUCGUGUGGAGAUGUCGACGGGCCUCUCCAGGAAGGGCCGCGGGCGCCCCAGCCGACGCCAGUUCGACCCCAACGAUCGUUGUUACCAGUGUGGGGACCGGGGCCACUACGCCUACGACUGCUACCGCUUCAGCAAGAGGGGCCGUCGCAGCAGGUCUCGGUCCAGGUCCAGGUCCAGGUCCAGGUCCAGGUCCCGUGGACGCCGCUAUCGCUCUCGCUCCCGCAGCCGUAGCCACAGCCGGAGCCGCCGCCGAUCUCCAUCCUAUUCCAGACGCAGGAGCAGGUCCGGCUCCCCGGCCCGUUCCAAGUCCAGGACUCCGGUGAGAAGCCGCUCCAGAUCUCGGUCUCGGUCCGGCUCUGCGCCCAGAGGACGCUCCGUCUCCCGAUCCCGCUCACGAUCUCAGUCGGCUAACCACAAGAGGAACAGUCGUUCCCGCUCAGCAAGUCCAAACCGCAGCCCUACGCCAGCAGACGACUGAGUGAAGAAGACUAUUAGUGCCCCCCCCCACUGUCCUUAACAGACAGACCCUCAACCCCUGCACCAUGUCUGCUUUUACAGCCCUAAAGCAGCUGUUUUUUUUUGUACUUGUGUGUCUAGUCUCAGUCGUUGAAGUUUCAUUUUCUCCCCAGGACUGUAGUCGUUGCGCAGCCUCAGAUUGUUUAACCUAUAGUCAGAAUAGCAGACAGACAGAAGUCAGUUUCCAUUGGACAGGGAUUGUUUUAAAUGUUCCUGAUGCUCUCCUCAGAAGUUGCGCGUAGCAAGUUUAAGAGGCAACGACUUUGUUAAGGUGUAAUACUUGAUGUUGCGGGCUUUUAGCAGUGGUUCGGGCAGUUCAUACAGUAAACUGCAGUUGAAGAUAGCCCAGUUGAUGCGGUUCUUGAGGGCGUGCAUAUGGUAUCGUUAAACCUGAUUUUAUUCCCUACUCUUAAAUUUGUGAACUCUCAUAAAUUUUUCCACGUUGAGAAUCUGCAAAGAUAUAUAUAUAUAUAUAUAUAUAGUUGUUUUUUGUUUUUUUGUGUGUGUUGCACUGCAGUGUGAUUUUUGAGUUCAGACGCUGUUUAAGUGUUCCUCUCAUAAUGACAUACGUUCUGGCCUGCAUGCCUCUAAAUACAACGUCACAUUCCUACUGUUUGUUGUUUCUGUGCUGCACUGCCCCUUUUUACACACCUGAUCAGCUAUACUGCUGAAUAGAUUUUUUUUUUUUUCUUCCCCCCAUGUGUUGAUUUCUGAUUUUUUUUUUUCCUGUGACCUUUUUGAUUUUUAAAAUAAAUACAGUUCUCAAGGUUGUUUUGGGUUUUUUUUUUCUCUGUAAGGGCUGCUUUAACAGUUUGGUCCUGUUAUUUGGUAAGACAGUGGCCGUUUUAUUUUUGAAUAAACCUCUUCAACUUA